AUGAUGUUUAAAUACAUGUGUUUGGUUUUGUUCAUAACGUGGUAUCAGUUAGCUGAAUGCCACCCUGCGAGCUCCAACGUCAAGGCGAUGGAUUCCAUGAUUGAAAAGGAAUCGGAAGCAUUUUUAUCUGUUGAAGCAGAAGACUCUAGUCAUAAAAAUGUCAGAGACAAAAGGACGAUCGGCUUCUUAAGGCAGCUGUUUCCAAAUCUAUCUCAGAUAGUCGACCGAAAGAUCCAACAAAUCACGCGAUUCGUAUUCCGCGUGAUCGGCAGGUUGGUGCUCCGGGGCGGCGGAAAUGGUGCGGGUGGCACCGCCCCCACUGGCGGUGCCGGUGGUGAAUCCGGUGGCAAUGGUGGCCGGCGGAUAUCGAUCACGUUACCCACGUUCCCGCCGUCCACGGACGACGAGGACGAAGAUACAGCGACGGUCCUGCCGACGGCUGACACGUCGUCUUCACCGGCAUCACCGUCAUCAGACUCUGACCCGGCUGCAUCGAGAAUAGUGGAGCCGGUUUCAUCUGAGGCGGCCGCCACCGAUUCUGCGCCAGCCGCAUCCGCAGACUCGGCCACCGCUGCUGACUCAGCCGUAGCGGCUGAUUCAGCCUCCGAAGUGGCAGUCACCACAGCCGAACCAGCGGCUACCUCUGCCCCGGUCACCACCGCCUCCACCGAAGCCGCCCCGGUAACAAACGCCGCUCCGGCCGCCGGAUCAGUCUCCACCACCACCGUCGCCGCCGCUGCUGCCGCCGCUGCAACUGCCACCGCCAACGCAAUCAGCUCGCCAACCACUCAAAUGCCAUUGGACUCAGACAACACAGUGGGCACCGGCAUUGUAAAGAGGACAGCGAGGGAAGUUUCGACAAACGAACCGAGCUCAACGAAAAAACGGUCACCGCUCUCAGACACUGAUAACGACGUGUCGUCUGACAAUUCUUUGUCAUCGAACACCGGCGACGACGCCCAAGCCGAGACAGUCGCGGACGAAGACCCCAGGAACAAAAGGUUCUUAUUCAACUUGCGAGGAGGAGCCGGCGGUGGAUCCGGCAACUUUUUAUUCGACCUGAUCCGAUUGGUGGCUGGAAGUGGGGCAAACCAAGAUAGAGACGAGUCGGCUGACUCGGUACCGGCUGAAGCAGGCGAAGCCCAAGAGAUCCAGGCGGGCGUGAAUGCCAAAGAAGACGGAUACAGCGUCGGCGUACCCGGACCACUGACAAGAAUAUUCGUAAUCGCCAACAGGGGAGUUGCCAAUUUGGUCCAAGACUUGAUACUGAGAUUGGCCCAGACCACCGAAAGAAUAGUGAACUUCAAAGCCAGAUUAAUUACAUCCCUCAUCUAA